AUGGAAGAUACAGGCGGAAUUGUGACGGAGACACGCGAAACGAUGUCAGCUACGCAGCCUCGUGCAUAUCAGCUCGAGCUUUUCGGAGAAAGCAUGAAGCGAAAUGUCAUUGUUACGAUGGAUACGGGUAGUGGUAAGACACAAAUCUUCGUCCGCAUGGGUAGAAUUGCGUUGCUUGUCUUUGACGAAGCGCAUCAUUGCAUGGGAAGUCAUGACACGAACAGGAUCAUGCAAGAAUUCUAUCAUAUCGGGUCCCCUACAGGUACCGUGGCUGCACGCCCUUUCAUACUGGGUCUGUCAGCAAGUCCGAUCACAAACGCCAAACCUGGCGCCCUCGAGAAUUUGGAGCACAACCUGGAUGCUAUCUGUAGAGCACCAACAAGACACCUUGAGGAGCUUCAACGCUUCGUCCACCAGCCACAGAUGCGUAGGCUAGUGUACAGGGACGAUCCUGUACCACCCUCUGAAGCGCUACAGGAACUGGACUUGCUUGAGAUGAACUUUGAUAUCGAAAAAGACCCAUAUGUGAAAUACCUGCAGAGGGACGAAAGUCCCCAGAGCCAAAGGCAGCUCGAAAAAGUCAGGGAGUCUGGCUCGACGGAGAGUCGCAAACAAUUGAAGACACUGCUUCGGCGCACAACGGAGAUCCAUCAGCAGAUUGGGAACUGGGCUUCGGCUUACUUCCUUCAAUCUUGUGCCCAGAACGUGCGGAAGAAAGUGGAGCGUUGCUCCAACAUGCUCUUAUCCUUGGAAAUGGAGGAGGAGAUCUUUCUCUAUCAGCACUUGUCUUCCAUUGUGAGGAAUGAGGAUAUUGCGCGUGAUUAUGUGACUGAAGAUUUCGACAUAUCACCGAAAGCCGUAUCGUUGUUAAAAUAUCUUGAAGCCGAGUUCACGGAACAUGUGAGAGGUAUCAUUUUUGUCAAGGAAAGAAGCACUGCCGCAAUCCUCGCACAUUUGAUUUCCCACCAUCCCCUUACCCGGAAUUACAACGCAGCCCCUUUUGUUGGAUCCUCGAGCUUUGCACGAAAACAGUCUCCGGUGGACCUCUCGGACAUCAAGAACCAGAAUAUAGCCCUUGCAGACUUUCGAUUAGGGAAGAACAACCUCCUCGUCUGUACCUCAGUUAUGGAGGAGGGUGUGGAUAUUAGUUCAAUGAACUUGGUAAUCCGGUUCGACGAGCCAGCGAAUUUCAGAGCCUUUAUCCAAUCAAGAGGUCGUGCUCGCAAGGUAGAGUCAAAGUUUGUUCUGAUGUGCAGCGAAUAUGACCCAGUGGGUAGUUACCAGAAAUGGAAAGCCUUGGAAGCAGAGAUGAAGGAGAAAUACAUGGAUGACGUGCGCCAAAUUGCUCACCGUGUCGAGGACGAAAAGAUGGAUGAGGAGGCUUAUGACGAACAUCUCGCGAACGAUAUCACAGGGGCACGUUUGAGCAUUGAAGAUGCAAAAGGACAUCUCGAACACUUUUGUGCAUGUUUACCAACAGUGCCGUAUGCCGAUCCGCCCCGACCAGAGUACAUCCUGCGCUGUUGUCCAGCUGGCCACUUUCAAGCAGAUGUUAUCCUUCCACACAGUGUAAAUAUCAUGCCACGACGCAUUGGCGGAAGAUUUGUUUGGGCGACUCAGAAAAUGGCUACCAAAGAUGCCGCACUCCAAGCGUAUACUCGUCUGUAUGAGGCCGGGCUCAUCAAUAACAAUCUCCUACCCACUGCUCUUCCGGACCCCGUAGUGCCUAUACCAGAAGCCGAACUCGACGAAGAGGAUCGUGUGGUUUGUGUAAGAGGUCGCAUAAACCCAUGGAGUCAUUUUCCCGAACGUCGAAAUAGCCCUGGUCAACAAGUGCUCACCAUCAGCGUCCAAUUUUCGGGAGGCGAACAGCUCCCAUGUUUGCACCUGCUUGUGCGAGAGGUCUUCGACAUCACAAUGGCCUUCACACUGUUCUGGAGUAAUGAGCAGUCCAUCAAUGUCGAGAUUAGGCCAGAGCGUUUAACUGAAGAUGUUUUGCACGACCAGGAAUUUCAACGCAUCAGUCAUUUGAGUACUCGGCGAUUGUUUGAAUCGAUUUACCUGGGGAAGAUGCAACGGCAAAGCAAGAUGCCUCAAACCUUCCCGUUUCUGGUUGUGCCAUACCUGGAAGCUAGGUUGUUGUAUCAAUGGCUUGAUGAUUGCACUGGCGAUGCGCCUAUACAAAAUGCCGAUGAACUGAGACCAGAAAAUGGAUUGAUUCGAUUGAAAAGUUGGCCGAAAGAAGCACAUCCCUAUAUGUAUCGGUCAUCGAUGGUUAAGAUCCGAGAGUUUCAAUGGAUUGAUGAUUCGACAAGGGUGGCGGAUCCAACGACUGAGGAACUCCAUUUCGAGGUCAAGAGACUGCCCAAAAGACUUGAUUAUCUGCGCCCAGCCAACUAUAAGGACUUCAACACUGCAGUUGACGUCGUCCCAGCAGCAGAGUGUUAUAUCGACCGGUUUCCGCCGACGUAUGCAAUGUCCAUGCUUCUUCUUCCCUCAGUAUUGCAUAGAUUCGAACUCAGAGCAGUCGCAGUCGCUCUGAGUCGGAAUGUGCUAUCAUCCAUUCGCUUUCAAAACUUUGAGCUUCUGGAAAACGCCAUAUGCGCGUCAGCAGCGAAUGAAAGCAUUAAUUACCAAAGGCUUGAACUGAUCGGAGACACCAUUUUGAAGUUCUGGACAUCAGCUCAACUUUGUGCCCAAUUUCCAGGAUGGCAUGAGGGCUAUCUCUCUCGAGGAAAAGAUAGGGUUGUUUCGAAUGCUCACCUCUGCCGGGCAGCCAAAUCUCAAGGAUUAGACGAAUAUAUUCAUACUGAACCAUUCGCAGGUUCUCGAUGGAGGCCGCCGACACAGGAGCUCAAAGUGCACGAUGCGGCAAUCACGUCGCGGCGAAAGAUUUCUAGGAAGGUGCUGGCCGACGUUGUCGAGGCACUGAUAGGAGCAUCCUUCCUGGAUGGCAAGGAUGAGCAGGAGCGUGGUUUCAAGGUAAAGGCUUGCCUCACAACCUUCUUGGCCAGUAUAUCCUGGAGAUCGACAAAGGAGAACGCUACGAUGCUAAAUGAUAGUGUUCCCAAUGCAGGUGCGGCGUUUGAUAACUUUAAUUCACUGGAAGAAAUCACGGGCUAUGCUUUCCAGAAACUCGUUCUACUCGUCGAGGCAUUCACGCAUCCAUCACACCCACCAGUUGGUAUACAAGGAUCGUACCAGAGAUUGGAGUUCCUUGGUGAUUCCAUCCUCGAUUUUAUUGUGGUCGACAUGGUGGCAAGGCACUCCAAAGAGCUGCCACAUUUCACAAUGCACCUAAUCCGAGCGGCCGUAGUCAACGCUCAUUUACUGGCGUUUUUGUGCCUCCGAGCUGGGCUGGAUCAUGCUCGUACGGAGGUGACAACGGACGCAAGCUCGGGAAGUUUCGAGAUAAGAGAAAUCAAAAAGAAGACGUACCUGUGGGAGUUCAUGAAGCACUCUGGCAAUUUGGAGUUACUGGAAGCACAGAAGGCUUGUGCCAAGCGCUACGAACAGUUCAAUUGUGCAAUCGAUACGGCUCUCGACUACGGAAAGAGCCAUCCAUGGUAUUACCUUCUUAGUCUAAAUGCUGAGAAGUUCUUCUCCGACCUAAUCGAGAGCAUUCUGGGAGCGAUCUUCAUUGAUUCUAAGGGCAAUUUGCAGCCUUGUCGGGAGUUCCUUGAAAGAAUUGGAUUGCUAAGAUAUCUUCGCCGCAUCAUAGCAGAAGAAUUUGACAUCAUGCACCCAAAGGAGAGACUUGGUAUUGUCGCGGGCAAUUCAAAAGUUCGGUAUGUCACAGUUAGCAAGAUUGUCGAUGCUGCAGCACAUUAUUCUUGCACUGUGUUUGUUGAUGAUGAAUCCACGGCAACGUCAACAGGUGAGGUAUGCAAAGCAGCUGCAGAGACGAGAGCUGCUCAAGAUGCUGUUGCAUUAAUACUGAAGGCGAGAUGCAAUUCUACGGGCAAAGGAAAGGAUGAAAGAAAUGUUUGA